GUGACCAUGGACAGCAGGUUCAAGGAAAAUCCAGAACGUACCUUUGAUUUGGUACUGAAAGUAAAAUGCCAAGCUUCAGAAAACGAAGAUCCAGUGGUACUGUGGAAGUUCCCAGAGGACUUUGGAGACCAGGAAGUGCUGAACAGUGUUCCAAAGUUCUGCUUUCCUUUUGACGUUGAAAGGGUGUCCCAAAACCAAGUAGGACAGCAUUUCACCUUUGUGCUCACCGACAUUGAAAGUAAGCAAAGGUUUGGAUUCUGCCGUUUGACGUCCGGAGGCAAGGUCUGCCUCUGUAUUCUAAGCUACCUACCAUGGUUUGAGGUAUACUACAAGCUCCUAAAUACCCUGGCAGAUUAUUUGGUUAAAGAACAGGAAAAUGACUCAAAUGAUUUGCUGAAAUCAUUGUAUAGCCAUCCUGUGCCAAAGGCGAAUGCUUUAGUCAGUUUAAGUGUGAACCAAGAGAUGAUUUUUGCAAGUGAGCAAGUUUUGAAAAAACAGCCUUGUCUUGUAUCGCACUCAUAUUUCAUUACUCCUGAUGUAACUGGAUUGCCAACUAUCCCUGAAAGUAGAAACCUCACUGAAUAUUUUGUUGCUGUGGAUGUGAACAACAUGCUGCAACUUUAUGCCAGUAUGUUGCAUGAGAGAAGAAUCAUUAUUACCUCCAGCAAACUAAGCACUUUAACUGCUUGUGUUCAUGCGUCAGCUGCAUUGUUAUAUCCAAUGUAUUGGCAACAUAUUUACAUCCCAGUGCUUCCUCCACAUCUUCUGGACUACUGCUGUGCACCGAUGCCUUAUCUAAUUGGUGUCCACUUAAGCUUGAUAGAGAGAGUGAAAAAUAGAUCACUGGAGGAUGUGGUUUUACUAAAUGUUGACACAAACACUCUAGAAACCCCUUUUAAUGACCUGAACAACCUACCUGGUGAAGUGGUCUCGGCCUUGAAAAAUAAACUGAAAAAGCAGUCGACAGCCACGGGCGACGGAGUGGCCAAGGCCUUCCUUCGGGCACAGGCAGCACUCUUUGGAUCCUACAGAGAUGCACUGAGAUACAGACCUGGAGAGCCUAUAACUUUCUGUGAGAAUAGUUUUGUGAGGCAUCGUUCCAGUACAACUAAGCAGUUCCUGGAAACAGCUGUUAAUCUUCAACUGUUUAAACAGUUUAUUGAUGGUCGGCUCUCAAAAUUAAACGCGGGAAGAGGAUUCUCUGAUGUUUUUGAAGAAGAAAUCACAGCAGGAGGCUUUUGUGGAGGAAAUUCAAGAUCUUAUCAGCAGUGGAUGCACACAGUGAAGAAAGGCAGUGCACUGAUCAACACAGCAAUGACCAAAGCCACUCCGGCUGUGAAAACAGCAUAUAAAUUUGCAAAAAACCAGGCGAGGCAAGGAAUAAAAGAAGUGAAGAGUAAGUUAAAACAAAAGGAGAGUGAGGAAGAGUGUGGAACUUGCAGUGCUGGUGCAGUACAGACUGUUCCUGUUUACACAUUGCAUUAUGACAAAAGAACAAGCUCAGAAAAACGAAGACUGGCACAGACUCGUUUCAACCAGCGCCUCAGUAACCAGGAUUUUGCCUUGGAUGAAGAUGAUGAUGAUGAAAUUGAGAGAACAAGCAAGUUAUCAUCAGAAGACAGUGAAGAAGCUUCUGCAUACUUUUACGAUAGUGAUGGUUCUGGUGAAACUGGAAUAACUCAGCAGCAAGGAGAAAUGGACUUGCUUGGAGAGAUUCUGGACACACUGAGCACACACAGUUCAGAUCAAGGAAAACUCUCAGGAGCAAAGAGUCUGGAUUUCUUUAGAUCAAUGGAUGACAUUGAUUACAAGACUGCGAACAAGUCAAAUGCACCUAGUGAGAGCAACCUUACCCUGCUCUGCAGCAAUGCUAAUGACCAGGCAGAGUGGAACCUGGGCCAGGAUGACAGUGUCCUCCAUGGCAAGCAGCUCCCCCCAUCACCAAGGAAGCAAGUUUCUUCUGGUGGCCAGAGAGAAUCUCUCUCUAGGAUGGAAGAAGAAAAGAGUGGCAAAACCUUUACCACUGACAAGAUGGGCACUGCUAGUUUGUCAUCCCUAUCUCCAGUACGACCAAGUGCCCAGUUUACUUCCCUAGAAAGUUUCAAAGCAGGCUUUUCUUCCUGUCAGUAUGCAAAGCCUAAUGAAACACUAAGCAAUACCUCAGAAGAUCAGCUCCCAGCAGGUCUUGCUCAACAGUCACCCAUUCUGGUCCCUUGGGAGAAAGCUGGGAAGGAAGGAGAUGAAACUCCAGAAGAAGGUGGACUUCUUCAAGAAGUGGUGUCAUUAUGUAAACUGAAUUCUGCUUUUCACUAUGGUUUAAAUAUUUCAAAGGAUAGCUUAUCCCGCAGUAGCAGUGGAAAUAAAAUGUAA